UGCUUGCUGUUUCGCUCCAUGAAAACAGGUGUUGACAAGGCAUUUAAGAAGCUCAUUGAUAAAAGACUUCAAAAGGAGAGAGAAUAUUGUUGCCAGCAGCAGUAGGGGUGGAACCACAGUGACUUUCGCUAUUGGCACUGAGAAAAGACCGAAUAGUUUUUCAGAAACUUCAAUGGGAAUUCAGACGUUUUACAGCUCAUCCUGACAAUCUUUUUGGUGUUUUCGUGUUAUAUCUACAUCUUUUUUUAAAAAUCGGUCGCCAUGUCUGGAGUCAGCAGUGAUCAAUUGCACAAAUCAACUUUAAGUGUCUACUCUAGCCUAAUGGAGCAUUUCAACCCAGGUCUUCAGAAGCUUGUUGCACUUGGAAAUAGUUAUGUUAAAGCUUUCCAAGCUUUAGCUGUUUGCAGUGAGGCCUACUUCAGUGCUCUGUCUAAGAUGGGUGACCAGGCCCUUCACACCCUUUCAUCUCAUUCUCUUGGUGAUGUUCUCAUGCAGAUCUCUGAAUCACAGAGAAGGCUUACUGCAGAGAUGGAAGGGUUGUUUCAGUGGUUCCAGAUUGAGGUGCUGCAAGCGAUGGAGAAGAAUGUCAAACUAGAUGAGGAGUACAUGGAAGGCAGUCGCAGGGUAUACGAGAUGGAGGUGAGGAACCAGGCAGAAGUCUUGGAAAAGCAACUUAGAAGAGGAACGUUCAGAGACUCUCUGGAGAACAGUGAAUAUAUGGUUUACCUGAAGCAGAGCCACCAGGAGAUCCUGAAGGAGGAGGAACGGAGAUAUCGCUUCCUUGCAGAGAAGCACUGUGGCCUCACUCAGUCCCUGCUGUUUCUCAUAAACAAGACCGGUGCAUCCCUCCAGCAGAAGGCAGAUGGAUGGAAAGAGAAAGUGAACGAGAACAAGGGGUCCAAAUCACGGACCCCGACGCAUGUAGAUCAAGAGGCACAGCUGCGAGGUUCAGUGAGCUCUCUGCUGCAGACGGUUGCCAAAGAGGAGGACAUGUCCUGGGCCAGGCGGGAGCAGCUGGCACUGGGAAGAGUGCCCUCUAGAGCGCCAUCUCCCCUUCCCAGUCGCUCCCGCUCCAGUUCAGUGGGGGAAUCUUUGGGUUUGGGAGGAGGAAGGUCCAUGAGGGCCCUGGUGUCGCACCCCUCCUCAUCCAACCCAAAGCUUUUACCUUUUAACAGAGGAGAGAUAGUCAUUGUGCUGGUCCAGGAGCCACGCAACGGCUGGCUUUAUGGACGCACUGACAGCAGCAUGCGUCAGGGCUGGUUUCCUGCUGCAUAUGUGGCUCCUGUUGAAGAUAUCUCCAACACUUUAUCAACCAGUAGUGGUUCUCUUAGAAGUCACAGCAUGAACAACCUUCUGGACACUGAACAAUCAGAGGGCAAGGGCUAUGGAGACGUCCCACCCCCGGCCACACCCAACCGUAGGGCCUCUGUAGAUUUCCGACCAGUGUCUCCAGUGCCGGACAGGAGGACAGAACCAUCGAUAGAGACAAAACCUCUUCCUCUCCCAUCAAAUCAGAAUCUCAGAAGGGGCUCUGCAGAUUUACAACCAGCCUCCCCUCUUACUGACAGGCAGGGUGAUAUAGCAUCUGAUGCUCAGGCAUUGUCUCCACAUGGGCAGCCCGAUAACCCUUUGUUUCCCAGGGGCACAAACCCAUUUGCCACCGUGAAGCUUCGCCCAACGACGACCAACGACAGAUCUGCUCCUCGGAUCCACUGAUCCACAUCACUCAUAGGGGCCAGGGGUCAUUCAGCCUCUGGCAUCAGGUCAUGAAGGGAGCAUGUACAUUUAUUAUGAUAUCUUUGAAAUGUGAAGGCCCUUAACCUGACGGACUUAGAAAAGUUUUGGUCGAUUUUCAUAGUGUAGAAAAAGUGAAGUGAUAUGUUAUCUAAAUUAUUUAAACUACAAACCGGAGUAGCUGUUUUACCAAGUCUCUCUACAGUAACUAAGAUGUUAUAUUGUUUUGUGUUUGACUUCUAUUUUACAAAUAUAAAAGGAGCAUUUAGCCCUUCUGUGGUCUCAGAGUAUUAAAAAACAUUUUGCUUGCCGUUUUCAUAAUUUUUUUUAUUCCUUCAUAAAACCUGAAACUGUCAAAUUAUAUGUAAGCAAUGGGAAAUAAAUAUAUUUCUCUGCCCUUCUACCUUUUUAAGUCUUUAGUUGCAAGUUGCUUGAGAGAAACCUUUUAAUCACAGUAGACACCAGCAAAUAAAAACACGGUAUCUCAAAUGUUUUUUAUUAUCAUUUCUUAUUGGUGUCUUCUCUCUUUACAGCUCUCCUUAUAUGUGAAUGCUUUUUUUUUAACCACAUUAUCUGAUCAGAGUUUGGAAGUGAGGAGGCGGAGGAAAGGACAGAGGUGAGAGGAGGAAGGUCAGGGAGGGUGGAGGAGGAGGUGCGGUGGGAAGAAAGUGAACUGAUGCAUGAACAUCCAGAAAUAAAAUCAGUGAAAACAUAAUGCACAACCUUCUGUAAGACAGAGCAAAGAAAAUGAGAUUAAGGGAGUCUUGAACAUCUACACCACCCACAGCACUAUUACCAUCUGUUUUUAUACCACAGUUUAUCCUCAUUUGUCAUCAGGGAUGAUUCUGAAAUCUGUACAGCAUGUUGAGUUAAAUAAAUAUAUAAAAAUGGAUUAAUGAAACUGAUGCACUGCCGGUAUGAUUCUCUUCAUUGUGACUCCCAGUGGGCCUGUUACUGUUGUUUGGAAGAGAACAGGCCUGGUCCGACUCCAAAAAGUGGGGUCCAGAGGGAGGUGGGAAGAGUAGGAAGGUGGGGCGUUUACAAAUGCGGGAACGAAGAGACGGAGGAUGAAGGGGAGUCUCAGCUCUCCCCCUACUCAUGAACCAAGGUCUCAAACUCUGAAAACACAAAGAAAAAUAAAAACU